GGACUGUGCCUGCUGCGCGUGCUCACGCUAGCCGACGUCACCUUCAACCUGCGCGCGCUGCCGGCCGACUCAGCCACGCUGGCGAGCUUGGUCGGCGCUGUGGCCACAGCUGCCGCCGCCCUGGUCCGUGCUAGUCCGCUGGACUCCACCUGCCUUUGCUGGUCACGCUUGCCAUUGCGCGAAGGCGGCUUGGGGCUCCCAGACGCGAAGCGGACGGCGCCGGCUGCCCGGCUGGCCAGCACGGUCGCCGCCCUGCCCAUCGUGGCACGGGUCACCAGCGCCACCUCCCUCGAGGCUUUGACCCGGGCGCCCUUGCUGGCAGCGCGGCUGGAGGGGCUCGCGGCGACUUUCGCCCAGAAGAGGCUAGACGCGCACGACGAGGGACACGCGCUGUCGGAGACCGCGCGGGACGCGCUGCUGGACGAGCUCCAGCCCUCCCUGCGGGCCCUGCUGCGGGCGGUGGGCGGGCCCGGGGCCGGCGCCUGGCUGCUUCCUGCGGAGGAGGGCGAGGCGUGGGUGCCUGACGACGAGUUCGCCGUGGCGGCCCACCUCUGGCUGGCGCUGCCCCUGCACCUGCCGCCUACGUGCGCGUCCUGCGCCCGAACCGGCGUGCCCGCAGCGCAGGCGCAGCACGACCAGCUGGCCACGCACGCGCUCUGCUGCCCCCGCGGCCCAGGCCACACGGGCCGGCACGAGCGCGUCAAACACGCGUGGGCCCGCGUGCUCGAGGACGCGCUCGGGGCCCCGUCGCAGCUAGCGCAGGUGGUCCCCGAGUGGGCCGCGCCCGACGGGCGCGAGGCGUGGCCCGACCUGAGCUUCGCGCUGCCUGGGGGUCGCACCUGGCAUGCGGACAUCACGGUCGGCCACCCUGGCGGCAGGGGGUCGGUCGCCCAGUCCGCGGCCUCGCGGGGCAGCGGGGUCGCCCUCGCGCUGGAGCGCACCCAGCGGACCCGCUACCCGCACCCCGAGCCCGUGCCGCUAGCACUGGAGAGCGGGGGCCGCAUGGGGCCGUCCGCGCUGGCGCUGCUGCGCGCGCUGCACGCGCUGCUGCCGCCUGUCGAGAAAGUCGUGGCGAUGCGGCGCGCCUGCAGGCGCAUCGCAACGACGCUCCAACGCGCGCAGGCCCAGACAGCCCUGCGAGCGGCGCAGCCGGGCAUGAGCGUUUUCGGUCUAGCGGGGGCCUGA